UCAGCUUCUACGAAAUUACUGGAUCUCAGCCACACUGAGAAGCAACCGUCAUAUCAUCUUCAGUUUAACCCAAGAUGACUUCUCCUAUGAAAGAAGGAAGUGAUCCAACCAAUGACAAUCUCAAAAAUUCUGUAAAUGAGGCUCCUGAUGGCUGUGAAACUGACAUAGAGCCUCUGUGUGCCGAUCCUGAUGUGAUCUCUCAGGUGCAAACCAACCCCAUAAACCAGGAGCCAGGCACAUCACUCUCCCAGGGGGAUGCUGUUAUGCAAACGGCAGAAAACAAUGAGCUUGAAGGAGAGAAGAACAAAAAAGAAGAUUCAGAAGAAGAGGGUCUUCUAGUUCAGAUCCCCAUUCCUAGGAAAUGGAUCUCUCUUAUGUCAGGAUUAGGGAGAAUUACCUAUGUCAAUGUCCCACUAGCAAUUGAUAAAAAGAAUCCCUUAACUGAUAGCUCAAGAUUUUACUCAGGCAACAUGGAGAUACGAACAGGCGAUUUCUAUCCUAGUGCCAUAAAUUAUAAAACUCGUCUCCAACUUUUAGUUUCGUGGAGAAUUCCAUACCUUAAUAAUCAUGAUGUAAGGAGAAUGACCCUUCGUCUGCUGUGUGGGAGAUAUUUCUCUCAGUCUGCGGGUCAUCAACGUAUCACGUGGGUGAAGCAAAAAUAUAUAGCAUUUCUUUCUGACUCAGACAUUCUGAAUCAUAGAGAGAGAACCAUAAUGCUUGGAAGACCUUUGAGGGUGUAUUACAACCUGCCCCUCACUGAGAGAAUGACAUCAACAACAUUUCAAAAAUCAUUCAAUAAUAAAGGGAAGGAAGGCUUCCAUGUUUUUGUGAGACCUAUGUUCUAUGUUCCACAGACCCCAAUUCAAAAUGUACUUAAUAGGAAAGCUUUUGAGGAGCAUUUGAGGUCUCGUUAUAACAGGAGAUUUGUGAUCAUAAACACCUAUAAUGGUGGGAAGUAUAUGUGCUCCGUCUGUGGUUGUACUUUGAACAGUUUGACUGAGUUUAGACUCCAUUCCUGCAGCUUUCCCGAAGAGGAUUAAAUUAAAGUGGGGCCACUUCAUUUUGAAAUUUCAAUUCUAAAAAUUCGUAAUUCAACCACUAAAGUAAGACAAAAACUACAUGAAUAUAAAUUUUAGUAAUAUUAGAUGGAGUUGCAGAAAGGAAUACAAACUGCCAGAAUAUAUCAGAAAGAAACUUUUGGGAAGGGACGAAACCCCGUUUAUAUCAUUCUAUUACAAAUAGAUCAUCAAAAUAUCAGGGCCUUCAGUUUGUAUUGAGUCAGCAAUUGAAUGAAGAAAAUGUUAGGACUUUUUUAGCAUCAUUUUUGCAGAUCAAAAUAUUGUUAAAAUGAACAGAUUCCAAGUUAACACAAUCCGGACAAAGACUGCAAAUAUAUAUUG